UGUAAAUUUCACUGCGAAUCGGACCGGCCUGAUUUCGCAAAUAGGAAGCAUUACCAAAUAACAAUGAAAAGUCUCUUAUGAGCACAGGUAUGUGGGCAAAGCGCCUGGAAAGUGAUAGUCGCGUAGCAUCAGACCGUUACUCGGUGUAGCAGUUUCUAUGGCAACCAGCGCUGUUCCCAGUGACAACCUUCCCACAUACAAGCUGGUGGUAGUAGGGGAUGGGGGGGUCGGCAAGAGUGCCCUCACCAUCCAGUUCUUCCAGAAGAUCUUCGUGCCAGACUAUGACCCCACCAUCGAGGACUCAUACCUGAAGCACACGGAGAUCGACGGCCAGUGGGCCAUCCUGGACGUGCUGGACACGGCUGGCCAGGAGGAGUUCAGUGCCAUGCGAGAGCAGUACAUGCGGACUGGCGACGGCUUCCUCAUUGUCUUCUCUGUGACAGACAAGGCCAGCUUUGAGCAUGUGGACCGAUUCCACCAGCUGAUCCUGCGUGUGAAGGACAGGGAAUCCUUUCCCAUGAUUUUGGUGGCGAACAAAGUGGACCUGGUGCAUUUGCGGAAGGUGACAAUGGAACAGGGCAGGGAGAUGGCGGCUAAGCACAGUAUUACGUACAUCGAGACGAGUGCCAAGGACCCCCCGAUGAAUGUGGAUAAGGCCUUUCACGAGCUGGUCAGAGUCAUCAGGCAGCUGAUCCCAGAGAAGAGCCAGAAGAAGAAGAAAGUCAAGUGGAGGGGGGACAGGGCCACCACCUCUCACAGGCUGCACUGUGUCAUCUUGUGAUGUUCAGCUCCGGAACCCUGCCCCCCUCACCCAGCACUCCUGACCUCCCCAGGCAGCGUUACCCUCCACCCAGCAAACGGGGACAUGAGGCUGGCUGCUUAAACUACACAGUGGGCUCGUCCAUUUCCGUGAUUGUGGAGCAAAAAUAUGUGCGGCCAGGUUUACGCUCCCCCUAGUGGAGAAGAGAGAGUAAGAUGCUCUACAAAAACAGAGGCUUUCACAAAGAGUGGGUUCAUUUGUGGCUGUUUACAUGUUCUGUUGUCCUUGUGGCUAUAGAGAGGAGGAAUUGUUUGCACCCCAAGAAGGCGCUCUGUGUUCCAAGGGCCUGAGUUGUAGUUUUUAGCUCAUGUUGGGUGUCUAGGGAAGUCUGGCACAGCGCAGAGGUGCAGAGGGAAAGGGGACAUUGCGGUUUAUGUCACGAUCAGCAGUCUCAGCCCGUGGACAUGUGGACAUCCAGAGGGGCUCCAGUCGGCAAGGGUGUGUGAGCACUGGAGCCAGCGAGGAGCCUGGCGGAACGGGAAAGGCCAGAAGACAAUCAAAGUGCAUCGUGGGAGUUCAUAAAGACGGAAAAUCGCAGAUGCCGUACGUUACGGUUCUCAGAGAAGUUAGACAGAAAACUUCAGCAGAGGAGGUUUGCCUGCAUUUUACCGUGUUUUUCUCACCAUUGUGAAGGACUGGGGGGGUUGAAGACAUGUGUCUCGCCAGAGCGAGCAUCUUUAAACCGGGCUGUGCACUCUGCGUGCCCCUGCCCGCGAUCUGGGUGUCAGACUGUGUUGCUGAGAAGGCUUCACUUGGAGCUGCAUGGGCAUAACGGUGCCAAAGGUCGACGGGCAACAUGGCAGCACUCCGUUUUGUGAUAUUCUACUUCCCAUGGGACUGAGAUGUCUCAGCAUCGUGCUCUUUUGUAACGGUUUCAUUUGAUAGUGCUUGUGUUUGUACAGUAUAAGUGAUUUAUUGCUGGUGAAUCUGGAUCACUGAUCUGGUUUAGGCUGAGAUUCUGCUAAUGAUGAUAAAGGCGGCGAUGAAUCAGCA